CAAGCAGAGGUGGAAUGUGGUGAAGAUCAAAUUGAUGUAGUUUUCUUAACCGAGAGUGUUUUCCAAGGACGGGUUUAUGUUGUAGGCCAUUCAAAUGAAGAGGAGUGUGUUUCAAGGGAUACAGGACGAAGGACCACGUCUAUUUCAAUUAAGAAAGAUCGGUGUGGGGUUGUUAUCACUAGAUCUACAAAUCCUCCCGGAUUAUUUGCGAAUGUUAAAGUAAUGAUAUCAUUUCAUGAGGAAUUCAUCACGAAAGUUGAUAGGGGUUACGAGAUAAGCUGUUUCUAUAUGGAAGCAGAUAAGACAGUAACAUAUCCAUUGACAGUAUCAAUGCACUCACUCGAACCAUUCACUGAGAUCGCUGAAAUGCCAAGAUGUCGCUAUGAGGUUGUUGAUCCAUUAACAAUGGAGCCGUUGUCAGUUGUAUCUGUUGGCAAUAAAUUAUUGCACAAAUGGACUUGUUUAUGGUGUAUGACAGUUCAUUCGUGUUUCGUUGAAGAUGGUUCUGGUACGCAGUUCGUGAUUCUUGAUGAUACCGGAUGUGCGAUCGAUCGUUAUUUGUUGGAUAAUCUCGAAUACGGACCAGGAGAGCUACAAGCUCAAAAAGAGGCGCAUGCCUUCAAAUUUGCUGAUCGUGUUGUUGUCAACUUUCAAUGCUCAAUAAGACUUGAUAUUCGCGACGGUGAAUGCCCACGACCACAAUGCAGAGAUCUUAGCUCAAAAAAACGUGCGUUAAAGAGGCGAAGAUCAAUACUGUUAUCUGAAAUUAGUGAUGAAGGCACGAGCGAAGUCGAUGUUAGGGCACAGCAACUUGAUGUUCUUGAUCCGCAGAUAGAUUUCGGCUUACCAAGCGAUGACUCUCGAUAUGAAUCUCAAUUGCGUAAAGUGAGGCAGUCAUUGAACAGUAUGGAUUGUAUAUCAACAACGUUUGUUGCCGUUGGUGCAUCAUUAUUUGCAACCAUCAUAUUAGCACUGUUGACACUGAUCAUCUACCUUAACAGACGAGUAUCACUCAAGCAUUGA